AUGAUGUUCUCGAAGCUCAAGGAUUCGAAGCCCAACCAAGAGGCGACUAUCCAUGCUCAAGAGGAAGCUCCUGACUUCGAGCAUGUCACCUGGUACCAGGACCCUGGUCUGCGGAAGCUUUACUGGCAUGCCUUCAUUCUUUGUGUUGGCUCCGCUAGCACUGGCUACGACGGCAUGUUUUUUAACUCGGUCCAGAAUUUCGAUUCGUGGAAGGAUUACUUCGACCAUCCUACUGACCACCUUUUGGGACUUCUCGCUGCACUCUACCAGAUUGGAAGUCUUGGCUCCAUUCCCAUUGUCCCUUACUUUACCGAUCACUUUGGUAGACGGCUCCCCAUCGUCAUCGGAGGCGUAAUCACCAUUGCCGGUGCUUUGCUUCAAGGAUGCUGCCAGAAUUUGGGUGGAUUCAUGGGCGGUCGUGUGCUGCUAGGGUUCGGUAACUCAUUUUCUCAGAUGGCUUCGCCCAUGCUGCUCACCGAGAUUUGUCACCCUCAGCAUCGUGCUAGGCUUACUACUGUUUAUAACUGCCUUUGGAAUGUAGGAUCUCUCACUGUUGCGUGGGUUUGCUUUGGCACCAACUUUAUGAAUUCCCAUUGGUCUUGGCGCAUCCCUGCUAUCCUGCAGGCUCUUCCCUCAGUCGUCCAGAUCGUUGGAAUUUACUGGGUGCCCGAGUCGCCAAGAUACCUGAUUGCAAAUGACAGACUUGAUGAGGCACUUGAGAUUCUCGCCAAGUAUCACGCCAACGGAAAUGCUGAACACCCUACCGUCAAGUUUGAGUACCGCGAAAUCAGAGACACGAUCAGGUUGGAGCGGUUGGCCAAGGAGCACAGCAGCUACCUUGAUUUCUUUCGAAGCCCCGGCAACCGUUACAGACUGAUGAUUUUGAUUUCUUUGGGAAUCUUUUCUCAGUGGUCUGGAAACGCCAUCAUAUCCAAUUACACCAACAUCCUGUACGACAAUGCGGGAGUCACAGAUUCGACGGCUAAACUUGGCCUCUCUGCUGGUUCGUCUAUGGUAUCACUUAUUGUAUCGAUAACUUUCGCCCUCAUGGUUGACAAGUUCGGUCGCCGUCCCACUUUCCUCACUUCGACCGGGGGCAUGUUUGGCACCUUCGUUUUCUGGACUUUGACCUGCGCGCUCUACGAAGAGUACGGAUCUCCAGGUGCGAACCAUGCGAUGAUCUUCUUCAUCUGGGUCUUCAACGUUGCAUAUGCAAUUGCGUGGUCCGGUUUGUUGAUUGGAUACGCCGUGGAAAUCCUCCCUUACCAGUUGCGAGCCAAGGGUCUCAUGAUUCUUAACAUUGCUAUCCAGUCAGCGCUCACUCUCAACAAUUACGCCAACCCUGUGGCCCUCGACUUCUUUGAGGGGGAGACCUGGAAGCUGUACCUUAUCUAUACCUGCUGGAUCUUCUUGGAGCUUUGCUUCGUGUACUUCAAAUACGUUGAGACAAAGGGGCCAACCUUGGAAGAGCUAGUCAAGGUUAUUGAUGGUCCAGAUGCCAACGUUGUUCAGCUCAACAUCCAGCAGAUCGAAAAGGAGACCCAGAUGAACGCCACCCGUGAUAGCGAAACCGCCGAAGGUGCCAACUCUGCGGACCACUCCAUCGACAACAAGGGCACUCUAAGGACCUGA